AUGCGUGCAAAGGAGCGUGAGAGGCAGGAGCAGGAAGAGCUGGAACGGCAGAAGCAAGAGUUUCUGGCAAGCCUGCCAGAGCGGAACGAGGACGACAGUCUGCCAACCCGCUUGAUCGCUGCUUGUGCAUACAUGCUGCCACUCCUGGAUGCCGCUGAGCGCUUUGGUUGGCCUUUGGCGCUCAUGAACCCAACGAUGGCAACCUUUAUGCAGGCGCUCAAUGCACCGAUGGCAUUGCUCAGUGCUGUUCCGUUCGGCCUUGGAUUUUUGCUCGUCUUCAUUGGCAUGCAGUUUGUAGCGAACAACCCUGAAAACCCAGCCUUGGUGCGCUACAACAUGAGGCAAGCCGUCCAGCUCGACAUCAUGUUGUUCUUCCCAAUCAUCAUAGGACAGUUGGGACAUUUCGCCUUGGCUUGGAGUCAGAUGGAGCUCCCUGGCUUGACGGUUCUGUCUUCGACUGCAGUGUUCUUCGCAAUGCUUGCGUGUUGUGUGUACUCAGUGGGCUGCUGCUUGGCGGGCGCCUUUCCCAAAGGAUUGAUCGAACAGCGUCGUCGAUUUCGCUUCAACACCCACUGGCACCAGCGGAAAUACACGGCCAUUGACCGCGUCAACGCCUUCCUUCGAGAGCAGUCUGGUCUGGACAGCGAGGAGCUGGAUCCUUAUCUCUUCAACUACUCGGGGCAUGAUGCCAUCAACCACCUCUUCGAGGUGAGUUCUGGUCUUGACUCAUUGGUUCUUGGUGAGGCGCAGAUUCUGUCGCAGGUGAAGGCCUGCCAUGAACAUUGCAUUGCAAAGGGUGGAGAGGAGGAGGAGGAGUCUGUUGCUGGUGCCGGUGGCAAGAUCGUUGCCAAGAUGCUGAAUGCUGGCAUCAGGAUUGGUAAGCUUGUCCGCACCCGGACAAAGAUUGGAAAGGGCUCUGUCUCGGUCUCCAGUGCAGCAGUUGAGCUCAUGAUGAGCAGGUCCAUGCAGGACCUGCGAAAACCUGCCAGCAAGGUGCAUGUUGGCAUCAUCGGUGCCGGCAAGAUGUCAAGGCUUCUGUUGCUCGCUUUGUUCAGCAAGCACCCGGACAUCCGGGUCACCUUGGUGAACCGCUCGGUGGAGAAGGCUGAGACGGUUUUGCAAGAUGACCUCGUGAAGGCUCGUGGUGGCCAGAAUGCCACUGUUGCCCCCAUGGACGAUAUGUUCGAUGUCAUGAAGCAGUGCGAUGUAGUGUUUACAGCCACGGGAAGCGAGGUGCCCAUCAUUCACCCUGAGAAUGUGGAAGGACAAGAGCGCCCUUUGAUGUUGGUCGACAUCUCCGUGCCUUUGAACGUGGCCCCAGGCUGCGAAGAUGUGGAGAAUGUGUUCUCCUACUCCGUGGACGACCUUCAGAAGGUUGUCCAGGCCAAUGCACAGAAGAGGCUGGCUGAGGUGGAGAAAGCAAAGAAGAUCAUCAGCACUGAAGUGGGCAAGUUCAAGGUGUGGCAGGCUUCACAGGGUGCAGUGCCAUACUUGGCAGCGCUCCAGGCCAUGGCAGAGAACAUUCGAAAGACGGAAACAGAGAAUCUGUCCCACAAGCUGAAGGGCCUCGAUGAGAGAGAGCGUGAAGCUGUGGACAAGUUGACCAGACACAUUGUUGAUCAAAUUUUCCGACCGAUCUACUACUCCAUGAAGGAGGAUGAAGCAGUGGAGGAGAAGAAGGAUAAGAUUUGGGCAUUGAAGAAUAUGUUCAAAUUGGAACCCAUCUACAAGCGUGGUAUUCUGACAGAGGGGAAGAAGCCGGCCGGGCAAUUGAACCCAUGA